AUGAUGGAAAAUCAGACAUGGGUCACAGAAUUCAUUCUCCUGGGAUUCCCGCUCAGCCCAAGGAUGCAGAUGUUCCUCUUUGGGCUCUUCUCCCUGUUCUAUGCCACCACGCUGCUGGGCAACGGGUCCAUCCUGGGGCUCAUCUGGCUGGACUCCCGGUUGCACACCCCCAUGUACUUCUUCCUCGCACACCUGGCCAUCGUUGAUAUUUCAUAUGCUUCCAACAAUGUCCCCAAGAUGCUGGAAAACCUUCUGCAUGAGAAAAAAACUAUCUUCUUUGUCCCGUGCAUAACACAGACCUUUUUAUACAUGGCUUUUGCUCACACUGAAUGUCUCCUCUUGGUGGUGAUGUCCUAUGACCGCUAUGUGGCCAUCUGCCAGCCCCUCCAUUACUCUGUCAUUGUGAGCUGGAGGGUGUGCACGGGCCUAGCCGCCACUUCCUGGGCGUGUGGCUCUCUCCUGGCUCUGGUCCACGUGGUUCUCAUCCUGAGACUGCCCUUCUGUGGGCCUCGUGAAAUCAACCACUUCUUCUGUGAGAUCCUGUCUGUCCUGGGGCUGGCCUGCGCGGACACCAGGCUCAACCAGGUUGUCAUCUUUGUUGCCUGUGUGUUUAUCUUAGUGGUGCCUCUCAGCUUGGUGUUGGUGUCCUACACAUGCAUCCUCUUUGCCAUCCUGAGGAUCCAGUCUGGGGAGGGCCGCAGGAAGGCCUUUUCCACCUGCUCCUCCCACCUCUGCGUGGUCGGGCUCUUCUUUGGCAGCGCCAUCGUCAUGUACAUGGCGCCCAGAUCCCGCCACCCUGAGGAGCAGCAGAAGGUCCUGUUCCUGUUUUACAGUCUUUUCAACCCUAUGCUGAACCCACUGAUCUACAGCCUGAGGAACUCAGAGGUCAAGGGCGCCCUGGGGAGAGCUCUGUGCAAGGAGAGGUCAGCUCGAGGGACGUCGGAGAGCAACAUGGGCCCUGCGGGCAGGCUCUUCGAGGUGCAGCAAAGCCCAGCAGUUCCGGAGGUGCUGAAGGUCAUCGAGGUGAAUGUUUCCAAACACCUGUCCGAGGACGGCUGUGCAACACCGACGAGGACCACAGCUGACAUCCCCGAGGCCGCGCUGUGGGCCCCUGUGGGCGGUGCCCGUGAACAUCUGGUCCUGCGCGAGGCGCUGUGGCUCCUUCACUUCCUGGAGCGCGGCGGCCACAGGGUGGGGAGGGAAAGUGAAGAACUGGCUAAGCAGGCAGAUGAAUAG